CCCAGUAAUGAAAAAGAGAUCACGUGAGCCCAAAAUAAUGCAAACACGUGUGAUGUCCUCUGCCCGAGGAGGAGGAUUUGGUAACGGAGAGUUUGAACGGUCGUGAGAAUAGCAGCUGAGAGAGCUUUCACUUCACUUCAAUGGCGGCAAUAUCCUCUGUUCAAUGCUUAUCCUCUUGCGAUUCUCAUUAUCAUCAACGCUCGCAGGGUGGCUCGCGUUGGAGAUUGGGUACUUCUAGGGUUUUAGUAUCUUCGAGUCUCUGGAAAAUUUCUCUGCUUUCUGGAGUUGAUUUGAAGCGAAGGAGACAUUUGAUAUGUGCAGUCAAGGGAGGAGCUGAAGAAGGAGCGUUUAAGAAGACUGUUGAACUCGAUCGGAUGAUAGAUGCUCUUAAAGAUGCAAACCCUAGAGAACUUGAGAAGCUUGUCGUUGAAAACAUUCUUGCCUUUGAUGAAGUUUUUUGGAUUAGACUGGCUACCAGGUCGGAUACUUGCAAGUCAGAUGAUGACAAGAAGGACUAUGAGGAGUUAGCUGCAACUGUGAUGACCAUUGUUGACUGCGUUGUGAAUAAGACUCGGGAGAAGAUAGAGACGGCUACUGAUGUUCUGAAGGGGAUAUUAAGACCCGUUGUGGAAGGAGUGGAAGAAAUCUCAUGGCCUCCAAGAGAUCCUCAAGCCAUCAAUCAAAUGGAAAAGGAAAUAAUACAACGGGAAAAAGAAGGACAAUUAGAUGAAGGUUUUCUUUCAGAAGUUAGUGCUCAGCUACGGCAGGCAAAAGAAGAUAAAGACAAACCAGGGCUUGCGGCUAUGCUGCAGAAAGUUCUACAACUCUAUGCUGCUACCAUCCUCUCCAAGCGGAGCUACGCAAAGAAAGGGAACGACGUCCUAAAGGCGGAGCAAUUUCUGGAAACUCUGAUCAAAGCUCCUGAGGAACAAUGGAACAAGCUUUUCUUAGAAGGGUUAACAAUCGGGAAAGGAGACGUAACACCUGAUGAGCUAUCUGCCGUUAUCAAGAAACGAGUUGAGCGCACGCUGAUUCGAACUGAAGGAGGUUCAUACCAGCAGCGAAUCUUGAUCGAGUAUCUCAAAGGGAUCGAGUCCAGAGCAAAUGAUAUUAUGAAAUCACUUCAGGGUUAAAUCUACAUAUAUAUAUCCUCCCAAAUUUAUAUAAAUAUAUCAAUUCAUAACUCAUAAUGAACUUUUUGUUAUGUUGACUCUGCCAUUGAAGAUUCAAGCUAGACACUUUACGUAAAUAGAAGUCAAUAGUUUUACUUUCAUAGAGACGAUCAAAAGCUUGAAAAGAUUAUGUUGAACA